CAUCCGGUCGCGUCAAGAGACCACAGCCCUGAAUAUCAGGAGCUGACCCGAAUAUUGCAAUUGCUUCCUUUCACACUACCUCACAGCUUCAUUUUACGCUUCACAUAGCGCAUCAAGGCCGCUGGCCUAGCUCCGUCCUUCCCAUGCGACCUCGUCCCUCUCACCACGAGUAGGACCACCCUUCCCACUCCUCUACAAUUCGACCCACACGCCCAACAUGUCCGACACGCUCUACUCGACCCAAAAACUCGACUACGCCGUCAAAGGCUCCCCCAUCCCCAACACACCCGCCGCCUCCAUCGCCGCCUCGCCCUUCGCCAACCCCCCACCACACAAUGCCUCCGACCGCCUCGCCUCCCUCAAAGCCCCCCGACCACCAGCACCGGUCUCCGCCGCAGAUCCUACCUCGCUCCUCCCCUCCUCCCCUCCGCAGAUCUACCUCAACCUCCUCAUCCUCGAAGCCUCGCUGCGAAGCCAAUACCUCACCCUCCGCGCCCGCCGCCGCCAAAACACCUUCGUCCUGACGCUGCUCGCUCUGUGGAUCGCCUUCUUUACAUACCUCCUCUGGCUGCGGCCGCGCGAAGACGGCAAGGGGAUCGGCGGCUCGCAGUACUGGCUUGUCGACAUGACGCAGAAACUGUGCUUCAUCACGGGUCUGCUCACCGCAUUGCUCUUCUGGGUUACGGGUCAAUGGGAGCGCGGCGUUCGGUGGCCCCGGCGCUGGAUAUACUUCGCGAAUCGCGGGCUGCGCGGGAUGAAUGUCAAGAUAGUCAUUAUGAGGGGGAGGUGGUGGAAAGAGGUUGUCAGUUGGCUUGCCUUCAUGGUGCCGUUUUCGGGGGGCUUGUGGGGUGGCGAGGCGCCGGGAAGUUCGUAUCAUUAUCUGAAUCUGAGUCAGGAGAGGGGCAGUGGGCUGGAUGCUGGUGGCGGGGUGCCGAGGCAUAAGAUCCGCGAGGACGGGAGGGAGUACGCUGAGGAGGAUAUCGCGCCGGGUGGAGACUAUGUUCGGCUCAUGCUGUUGCCGAAGCCGUUCAGUGCCGAGUUUCGCGAGGGGUGGGAGGUGUUUCGGCAGGAGUAUUGGGAGAGGGAGAAUGAGCGGCGGGCGGAGCUGAGGAGGAGGGUGAAGGCGCGGAGGAGGGAGAUUGCGAAGGCUGAGGGGGGUUGGUUGUGGUGGACAGGUUGGAGGGGGUGGAAGAGGGCGAGGGGUGGUGCUGGUCUCGGUGGGAAAGGCGCGGGGGAUGUCGAGAGGCAUGGUCAUCAUCACAGGCAUACGCGGUCACAUUCGCUGAGUACGUCGAGUAGUCUCAAGGAGAAGGAGAAGGAGAGGAAGAGGAGGCCUAGCGUGUUGAAGGAGCGGGAGGGGUCGCAGUCGCGCAGCUCGUCGAGGAGUACGACGCCUACGCCUGAUCUGGACGAUCGGUUACGGCCGCAGUAUGAGCGGGAGCGCAGAUGGAGCAGUAGUACCACGGGGUCGACAGCGACGCGGUCGGAUAGCCGGAGGAAGAGACCUUCGACUUCGACGGUGUCUGCGGUGGUGGGAACAGCGCAGUCGGCUCGCCCACCUCCUGUGAGACUUGCGGCGGGCUCGAGGCCGACGACGCCGAAUGAGUCUGUGGCGUGGCAGAGUAGACGGACGACUUCGCUGAGGGAAGGGGGUGGUGUCGGGGAUAAGGGGAAGGAAAGGGAUGCGGAUGGAGCUGGGAUAGAUGGGAGCGCGAGCGGUCCGUCGGGGCAGCCGCAAAGGCCGCAGAAUUUGAAGAGGGGGGGCAGUUCAAGGAAGGAGUCGUUUGUGUUUCCCAAUGCGCCGAGUGCGUGAGUGGAAGGGGAUCUUGGAGCGGAGCAUGUUGGUCAGAGUAUGCGUGUACUAGGAUCCCUUAGACUACAGGUGGUGUUUUUGAUAGCCAUUCAAGCGGGACUAUGUUUAAGCAGGUUCAGCAUACUAAUCCACACCUUGC